AAUUUUUUAUUUUUUUAUGUCGGUAUCAAUAAAUUCACCCUUCAUCUCACUUCUCCACUCCACACACACAGAAACACAGAGAAAAGAGGAAGAAAAAAAUAAAGGGAAAAAGAAAGAUGGAGAUCUGGUUCGUCAUCAUAACUACCCUAUGCAUCUCUGCUCUCAUCAAAUCUCUCUUCAAUCUAAUCCUCUCCCCAUCUUCUUCCUCAUCCAACAAGAACCUCCCUCCGGGCCCGGCCACUGUACCAGUGAUUGGAAACUUCCUAUGGCUUCACAAGUCAUUAUCGGAGAUUAAACAAAUUCUCCAAGACCUCCGGGGCAAGUACGGCCCCAUCAUCACCCUCCGGAUAGGGCAUCGUCUAGCCAUCUUCGUCAGCAGCCACUCCAUCGCCCACCAUGCCCUUAUUCAAAACGGUGCCCAUUUCUCAGAUCGCCCCAAGGCCCUCGCCACCAACAAGAUUGUCAGCAGCAACCAACACAAUAUCAGCUCCGCCGCCUACGGCCCCACCUGGCGCCUCCUCCGCCGCAACCUCACCUCCGAGAUCCUCCACCCCUCCCGCGUCAAAUCUUAUACCCACGCCCGCCAAUGGGUUCUUGGAAUUCUGAUCCACUGCCUACUGAAUUCCACCGAGGACUCCUCGGUGAAGGUGGUGGAUCAUUUCCAAUACGCUAUGUUUUGCUUGUUAGUACUCAUGUGUUUUGGUGAUAGGCUUGAUGAGAAGCAAAUUACACAAAUCGAGACGGUGCAACGCGCGAUGCUAUUGAGGUCUAGUCGCUUCAAUAUACUCAACUAUUGGCCCAAAUUAGGGAAGAUUGUGUUUCGCAACCGCUGGAAUGAGCUCUUGCGGAUGCGCCGGGAUCAAGAGGAAGUGUUGAUUCCUCUUAUAGAGGCCCGAGUCGAUGUUGUGAAACAUCGACGACAAUGGAACCAAGAAGAAGAAGCGAGCGUGGUGGCAUAUGUGGAUACAUUGGUGGAUCUUGAACUGCCCGACGAGAAGAGAAAGCUCAACAACGAUGAGAUGGUGAGCCUAUGCAGCGAGUUUCUCAAUGCGGGCACUGAUACUACAUCGACUGCUUUGCAGUGGAUCAUGGCUAACCUGGUGAAGUACCCUCGGGUUCAGUCCAAGUUGUACAAAGAGAUUAUUGGGAUAGUGGGCCUGCCACCACCCCUGCCCCGAGGAGAGAAGAAAGAAAAGGAGAUCCUCCUCAUAAUAAACGAGGACGAUCUACAUAAGAUGUCGUACUUAAAAGCUGUAGUAUUGGAAGGGUUGAGGCGUCACCCACCGGGGCACUUCGUACUGCCCCACACGGUGACCAAAGAUGUGGAGUUGGAAAGCUAUCAGGUGCCCAAGGGUACAAUGGUAAAUUUCAUGGUGGCGGAGAUGGGGUGGGAUCCAAAGGUAUGGGAUGAGCCCAUGGAGUUCAAGCCCGAGAGGUUCUUGACAAAUAGCGGUGGCAAUGGAGGAGAAGGGGAAGGAGAAGCGAAGGUGGUGUUCGAUGUAACAGGAAGCAAGGAGAUCAAGAUGAUGCCAUUUGGGCCGGGGAGGAGGAUUUGUCCGGCGAGUGGUUUGGCUCUGCUUCACUUGGAAUAUUUUGUCGCCAAUUUGGUUUGGUAUUUUGAAUGGAUGGCUGCGGAUGGAAAUGAUGGGGAUGUGGAUUUAUCGGAGAAACAAGAAUUCACUAUUGUGAUGAAGAAUCCACUACGGGCCCACAUCUCCCCUAGAGGCUAAGGUAUAAACAAAUAAAUGCACACUAGUAAUACAUAUAUAUGUAUUUCUGAAUUCACAAUGUAAUACAUAAAAUGAUCCCAAAAAAAAAAAUGUAAUACAUAUAUAUCCUACUUUGAAUUCACAAUGUAAUGCAUAUGUAUGUAUUUCUGUAAUGUACACCCACCUAUACCUUGAACCACUUUCAGAGUAAGACAGAAGAUAAUACGUAACUUUUUUUUUUU